AUGGGGACCACGGGGCCGGCGCUCACAUCAGACAGGAGCCUGCGCCUGACCAGCUACCUGCUUUGCGGCGCUUGUUUGACCAGCGUGUUCCGAAACCUUCACUUGGGCACGCCAAGUAUAGAAAAUGUCGACAACGCGCUGCUACCUCGCAGCUUCAACUGCAGACUGAUGGAGCUUACCAGUAUCCUGGGUUUUCUGGCCUCCAGAGCUGAGCUGCAAGAGCUUUAUGCUGGUGGCUACAAUGCUCGAAGACGAGGUUUCCUCUCGUUAGCAUUCCUGCUUCAGGCACUUUGCAUGACGAUAUUUGAUUGCAAUAGCACAGCGUCAUUCCUCCUGGCUAUUGGGUUGCUUGUUGGCCAGCUAGGUGCGCUCCUCUGCGCUUAUCGCGACAUCGAUUUUGGCCCUGGAUUUUUAAGUCCUUGGGUCAUCCGUGCAGCUGCAGGUGCAGGCAUAGCUUGGGCUUGCGUUGCCCUUUGUCUCCAGGUACAGCGACUGGCGGAUCGCUUGGAGAUGGCUCUCUUGUCACCGUCCGCAGUGGUGAUUACCUUCUCUUCAGCUAUGGGGUUGGCUGUUUGCCUGCGCUAUGAUUGGAUGCUUGCUGCAGCUUUGGCUUUCGCGCUGUGGGGAAUGACCCACACAGCUUCUGAACGAGGCGACGAGCAGGCAGCGCGGCUAUGCCGACGUGGUGCGGCGCUAUCAGCUUCUGGUGCCGUCUUGGCGCUGCGAUGCGCUUUUAAUCGGCAGCAGCGAUUUCAACGUGGCGAGCGUGCUGACUCUGAAAGGCGAUGGAAGCGGAUGGACAGCAGCGUUGAGGAUGACUUUCAGAACGAGACGGUGCGCGCACAUCGGCAAGUUGCCGGCCCAGGCUGCAAACAUCUUGAGACUCACGAAUGCCAUAUCGUGGCAGUCAUGGCAGUGAGCCAGGAGCCAGCCCAGACUGAAGAAGUACGGGUCUCGUUUCUUGAUCAAAUUCGGGCCCUGUCUCAAAAGGAGCGGCGGAAAGGUCUUGGCCUUUGGGCUGGCUGCAGCUGGAAGGCUCCGCACGAGGGGAUCUUGCAGCAUCAAAUCCCAAUUCUGGACACCGCAAAGUUCGCAGCCAUUGUGGGCAUUGGACCGAAGUUUGGGUACAACUCCGCCCAGAAGACUCUCUUGAUGAAUUAUCACGUGGAUGAGUUUUCAAUUUGCUUGAACAAGGAGUCAGGUCGAAAUGGAUACCUCACUUGGGGUCCUGAUGCAGAUGAUGGAAUGGACCCUGCAGAUGUUGCGACUGCCCGCGUGUUGGGCAAGCAUCAUUGGGCGACGAAUCUGACACACGUCUCGUUCACCAAGGAUGGAAACUCCACAAAGAGCAGCGUGUGUCAAAAUGGAUGCGCUGCCAUUGUGGACAGUGGUACCUCUCUCAUUGCAGCUCCUGCAUCUGCACUGAUGGAGCUGGGCCGCCAGAUUGGCAAAAUCGAGGAGGACUGCUCCAACCUGCAUGAGCUGCCCAACCUGAAGCUGAACCUUGACGGUCACGAUUUGGAGCUCCCCCCGCAAGCAUAUGUGAUGAGGGUUGUCGGCGCCAGCGUCGAAGCUGACAGCAUUUGGGACCUCCUCUUCUUCAAGCCGAAGAUUCGCAAGGUCGACUCCUGUAUGCCUGCUUUCAUGGAGAUGGACAUGAACACUCAGCUUGGUCCAGUGUGGAUUUUGGGCAUGCCCUUCUUCCGCUACUAUCACACGACCUUCAACCGGGAGAGGCAGGUCAUGCGCUUCGCGAAGGCUGGGGAAGACUGUGAGCCCAAAUCGCUCCGAGCCAGAGAUGAUGGCGACAAGGUUUUCUUUGCGGCCUCGGGGGCAAGCGAUGCGGCAUACCGUCCCCUCGAUGUGAACUUGAAGUCUGUCCUGCCACCCAGAUUCUCCCUGCAGUACGGUGCCGACAAGAAGAGUGACCUGGAGCUGUAG